UGCUGGGAGCGCUCCACUCCCGGCGCUGGAAUUACAAGACAAGGAGAAAUAAAGGAAUUAACCAAGAAUCAGCACCAUAAACAACGUAUGGGGAGAAGGCAAGGCGAGAACAAAAAUGUAUGACAUUUCUUCCUAAUACAUAUUUUCUUGGAGUAUAGAACAGCGAUUAAAAAAAGAUAUAUAUACUUGUUUUAGUAUAUUGUGGACACCAUUCUCGUAGGAGUGAGAAACCUAUCAGAUACAUGUUAUUGAACAGAUAAAUCCUCAAUUUGUCCUCAAUCUAAAGGUUAUGUGACAGAGGAGCGCGAUGUGAAAAACACGUAAAAGAAUAAUGGAGAAAUGCCGGAAGUCUGGCGGCAUCCAGAUUUUUAAUGCUCCUGGACAAAUUACUUACGUUACAUUUAUAUGAAAACGCUGAAAAAAACGUCGACAGUGUUUUUUUUUAAGUUUGUAUUAUUGGUUAAUACUCGCGCAGUUUCGAGUGUGACCCACCUCUGAAUGAAUAAUAUCAGGAUACUUUCUGCAUUUCAGCACUAUGGAAGGGUUAUACCUCCAGUUUGACAAUAUGCAAAUCGGCAUAAAGAGAAUAAAACAAAUAUAUAAAUAAAAUAUUUGGUUAAAAAAAAGGUGUUUUAAAACGUUGUGGAUUCGCAAUUUAUGUAAAAAAAAUCCGACUAAUGCCAAAUCUCCCAUAAUUUCCAAUAAAAAUGUUGCAGGAAUAGCAAGAAAAACAUGUUUUUGUUUUUUUUAUUCAUUGCAAAACGAGAGGAUUUACGAAAGAUGAAACUGAAGAUCCAGUUUUACACAAAAAUCUUGGUAUGACAGUUUCUUCUGAGGUAUCACCUACCCGGAAAAUUAAAGCGAAUGUUUGCUAAAGAAGUUCACAUUAACAUUAACGUACUGGGUGCAAUAUGGGGCGCGAUUUCGUCACCCUGAAAAUUAUACUCAUCGGUGGUUUUCUUCUAUGUAAAUCAAGUAAGUGUGCAAUUCACUUUACCUCACAUUUGUUGUUAAAGCAAUGUAUGUUCCGGCAAUAAAUAUAUUGCCUCAUUGAUGAGUUUGGUCUUAAUUUAGCUCACUGUAAUUAGCACUGGAAUACUGCUUAAUAAUAGGAUACAUUAUCCAAUAAGCCCUGCUUGGGUUUCUGCUACAGCCACAACUAAACUAAUGUUUAUUUGAGUCAAAGAUACAAAUAUCUUUGCAGAAACAUAUCAUUCGUCGUCAAAUUUUGCCAUUUAUCUUACACAGGCAGUGUAUUUAAACAUUUGUUCCUAAUUAUCAAUCAGUUUCAUGAUUUUGCAGCAAACUUUUCAUCUGAACUGUGUGAGCAGGUUAAAUAUGAAUGUGUAUUUGAGAUUGUGCCCCAAAUUUCAGCAAACAACCAUUUGUUAUAUUUAUAUGUAUCCUUUAUUAUAUCUACUUACUGCUGGUGUUCUCACCUAGCAAAACAGGGCAUGGAUCCCAGACAUGUGAGCAAAUCCAGUGAGAUCUCGGCACCCUGAUUGAUGCACCUUGAGCUUGAAAGGAGCUGCUGACAGGGGUGGGGUUUAACGUUAAAUCACAGAGUGCCUCAGUGUGGCAGAGAGCCCAAACCAGACUGGGCAUUGAGGAAAUGUUUGGGUUUGGAGAUCACAGCCACAUUUUCGUCAGCUGACGUGCCGCUUCUCUUCUCUUGAUGAGAGCUUCUGUCAGUGCAGCAGACCAACUUUCCACCCUGCAGUUUAACAAAUCCAGUGCAUAUCAGCACAAUUCUGAAGCUCAUAUCACCAUUCACCAAAUCAAAUCCAGUGCAUCUCCAGCACAACGCUCAAGCUCAUAUGGCCAUUCAUCAAAUCAAAUCCAGUGCAUCUCCAGUACAACACUGAAGCUCAUAUGGCCAUUCAUCAAAUCAAAUCCAGUGCAUCUCCAGCACAACGCUGAAGCUCAUAUGGCCAUUCAUCAAAUCAAAUCCAGUGCAUCUCCAGCACAACGCUGAAGCUCAUAUGGCCAUUCAUCAAAUCAAAUCCAGUGCAUCUCCAGCACAACGCUGAAGCUCAUAUGGCCAUUCAUCAAAUCAAAUCCAGUGCAUCUCCAACACAAACCUUCAUUCACCAAAUCAAAUUUAAGUCCCUGACAUCUAUAUUAUUACCCAAACAAGUUUACUGAAACUUGCGAGACAGUAUUCUGCCUCGAGAAGACCCACUCACACGCAGAGGACGAGCUCUUCAAAAAGCUCUUCAUCAGCUACAACAAGUGGUCCAGGCCUGUGCCGAAUAUCUCUGACGUGGUGAUCGUUAAGUUUGGGCUCUCCAUAGCCCAACUCAUAGACGUGGAUGAGAAGAAUCAGAUGAUGACAACCAAUGUGUGGCUGAAACAGGAAUGGAACGAUUAUAAACUACGAUGGAAGCCGUCAGAGUACGACAACGUGACAUCGAUCCGGGUUCCCUCCGAGCUUAUCUGGGUCCCUGAUAUCGUCCUGUACAACAAUGCGGAUGGGGAAUUUGCUGUGACCCACAUGACCAAAGCGCAUCUCUUCUACACUGGAAUGGUGCGCUGGGUGCCACCGGCCAUCUACAAGAGCUCCUGCAGCAUCGAUGUCACCUUCUUCCCCUUCGACCAGCAGAACUGCAAGAUGAAGUUCGGCUCCUGGACUUACGACAAAGCGAAGAUUGACUUGGAGCGCAUUGAGAACACGGUGGACCUGAAGGACUACUGGGAGAGCGGGGAGUGGGCCAUCAUCAAUGCUGUAGGCACCUAUAACACCAAGAAGUAUGACUGCUGCCAUGAGAUCUAUCCAGACAUCACCUACUACUUCAUCAUCCGCCGGUUACCCCUCUUCUACACCAUCAACCUCAUCAUCCCUUGCCUGCUGAUCUCCUGCCUCACUGUGCUGGUCUUCUACCUGCCUUCAGACUGUGGGGAGAAGAUCACCCUCUGCAUCUCAGUGCUGCUGUCCCUCACCGUCUUCCUCCUGCUUAUCACUGAGAUCAUCCCUUCCACCUCGCUGGUCAUCCCACUCAUCGGGGAGUACCUCCUAUUCACCAUGAUCUUCGUCACCCUCUCCAUCGUGAUCACUGUCUUUGUGCUGAACGUGCAUCACCGUUCCCCCAGCACUCACAAGAUGCCCCACUGGGUGCACUCGGUCUUCCUGGAGUUCAUUCCACGGUGGCUCUUCAUGAAAAGACCUGUCCCGGAUGAGAGACGUCGCCGGUUGCUGCUGCAGCACCGGACACAGUCCCGAUGCCGGAAUGCCCACCUGAGUACUUCCAAAAGCUGGCUGCAGGAGACGGACGUUGACGGGCGCUGCAGCGAUGUGGAGCUGGGCGCCCUGGCCUCCUUGCAUCUUGCCUCACCUUGCCAGCGUGCUUACAGCCCACUGCCCCAGAAGCAGAGCCUGCAGUCUCGGCUAGAGGGUGUAGCCAGGCAGCUGGGGGGAAGGCUCGACCCCAACAAGCGCACCUUCAAAAUUGACAACUUAGUGUCAGACGCCACCCUGGCACUCUCCCCCAGUGUCGUCCGCGCUCUGGAAGGGGUGCACUACAUCGCGGAACACCUAAGAGCGGAGGAUGCCGACUUCUCUGUGAAGGAGGACUGGAAAUAUGUCGCCAUGGUGAUCGACCGCAUCUUCCUGUGGAUGUUUAUCAUUGUCUGUCUGCUAGGCACCAUCGGGCUCUUCCUACCUCCUUGGCUGGCGGGCAUGAUUUAGACCCAACGUCCCGAACCUGCAUCACAGACCUCCACUAACCCUGCAUCGCAGAUAGACGCUGACCCUGCAUCGCAGGGACACCCUAACCCUGUAUCGCAGACCCACCCGACCCUGUAUCGCAGACCCACAUCCGACCCCGUA